CCGCUAUCUCCUCUACCUAUCUUCACCAAAAUGCAGGGACUUGUACCUCUAUCAAAAUCGCACAUACUGGAAUGGAUUCCAAAAAAGUUAUCAAAAACGUCGAGACAUCUAUACCCGCCGUCGUUCGUAAGUUACACCAGGUGAACACGAGGCGAAAGCCCCAAGCCAAGGACAAGAAAGUUGGGGAGGUCGUUCCCAGUUCGAAAUACAGCAAGAGCGAAGAAGAGCUGAAGCAGGAGCGAGAGGAGGCCUGGGAGAAUAUACAAAGCUUGGGUAUCAAGACACAUUCGAGUGUGUGUCUACCGAUAUGGAGCUGUGACCUGAGCGAUCGUUGGAUUAGUGCUGCACCCACCUCUGCUACACCUAUUAAUGCCGUCACGAACGGCACAAAAUCAGCGAAGAAGUCUAGUAAAGCGCACGAAGAGGACGACGACACAAUGUCAGAAGGAGAGAGCGAAGAGCUCGACAGAAAAUUGAGCGAAAAGAUGAAGAAAAGCACCCUAGGGAGUCCCAAGAAGAAGACGAACGACGUUCUUCCGGAGGAAGGGGCCCAGACGAAGAAAAAGAAGCGAAAGGCCGAGGGAGAUGAGGAGAGUGGUCCAGUCAAGAAGACUAAACUCUUAUCCACCUCGAAGAGCUCGACCAAUGAUGUACCAUUGACAUCAGAUCCCACUGCUUCGAGCGUCACGGCGAAAAGGAAACCGUCCUCGCAAAGCGAUGCUACCUUGUCUUCACAAGAUGAUGAACUACCAAAGAAGAGGAAAGCUGAACGAGCCAAAGCUGCAGACUUUCUGGAGAUGGAGGAAGAUGUACUCCCUGAAACGGCUUCUAGUCUACCAAAAGCAAGCGAGAAGAACGCAUCAAAAUCUGCAGCCAA